GCCGAGAUCCCUUCGACUAGAAACUAGGUACGUCGCCGAUUUUGGCAUUCUCAGUCUCCACGUGCCAUCAAGGAGCCGAUUCUCAUGAAAUAUCCACUUCACCCCAAAGAAUCUCCCAGUCCACCCCCUCCGGCGUAUUAAGAGAACAAUUGCGUGCCUCAUCAUAGCAUUCGAGACCAAUUAACCAAAAACAUGUCCACUAUCGCCUCGCCCCGAGAGCCGCAAGGUCCUCUGGUGCGACGAACGCCCUCACAGCAACAGGGUCCAUUCGCGACGCCGACCUCGUCCGCGCGUCCGAGCCUCGAUACCACGCGGUCGCGGUCUCCUAUGGGCUCCCCGAACCCCAAUAGUGGCAGCCCCAACCCCAAUGCCCACCCGCAUCCCAAUACCACAGCGGCUACGACGACGAGACGCAACCGCGCCGCGCUGCGCGAGUACUACAACAUCAAGAAGCCCUCCACGGCCACGCCCCCCCCACAAGUCGAGGUCACCGACCCCUUCGGCGAAACCGGCGGCAUCCACGAGCAGUAUUCCGAGGUUCCCCCGAGCGAGAUGGACAAGGAAGACUUCGACGCCGACGCCUUUGUCAAGAAGGCCCUCGCCGAGAACAGCAUGGAGGAACUGUUGCGGCUGUAUACGCGCGUCCUCGGCGAGACGCGGGCCCUCGACGCUGAGAAGAAGGCCCUCGUCUACGACAACUUCAGCAAACUGAUCGCCGCCACCGAGACCAUCCGGAAGAUGAGGACGGGCAUGGACCCGUUGAACCCGAUGGCCUCUACGCUCGACCCAGCCAUCGCCCAGGUCUACUCGCAAGCCUCGGCGAUACGAGACUCAGUACGAAAAUCUAUCCCCGAUCCCAGCACGACGAGAGACCAAACAGCGGACGCACGCCAAGUGAGAGCACGGACAAGGCAGCUAGCUAUCGCAGCCCUAGAUGCUCCCGAUAAAGUACGGGCGCUCGUUGCCGACGGACACCUGGAAGACGCAAGGGAGGCAUGGAAGACCCCGCGAAAGCUACUGACGAUCUGGAAGGAAAAGGGCCAGGGCGGCAUCGACGUGGAUGCAUGCAUAGAAGACGGUGACGCAGCUCUCAGGGGCGAGCCGAGCAAGGGUAAUUGGCGAGAGACGGCCGGGAAGAAAGACUGAAUGUGUCCACCGAUCCUCUGCGAACUGUCGGCUAAAUCGGGACAAGAUUUCACUCAUGGCCAACACCCGCCCACACACAAAC